AAUGAAUGCUGGACGACCUGCCUCUGGUUCAGCGGUGGACGGAAUUAAUGCUCCGUCUUGUUUUCGCAUUGGGUCUCCCGUUGGUUGAGCGAGGAGAGGGUGGCUUUGUGGUCCUCGCUACCUCCCCUUGAAGCCAGAGUCUCCCGAAAAAGAAGUGACGCCCCAGCAGGUCUGGGGGUGGGCAUCAGACUGAGGGAAAGUCCCUCUCUCUUCCCCCUACGAUGCCUGUUUCGGCUCCGAUCAUCAGCUCUGUGCAGAAGUUGGUGCUGUACGAGACCAGAGCUCGGUAUUUUCUUGUUGGGAGCAAUCAUGCAGAAACCAAAUACCGUGUUUUGAAAAUUGAUCGCACAGAACCAAAGGAUUUAGUUGUUAUUGAUGAUAGGCAUGUAUAUACCCAGCAAGAAGUGAGAGAACUGCUUGGCCGUUUAGAUUUGGGAAACAGGACAAAAAUUGGACAGAAGGGCACCUCUGGACUUUCACGAGCAGUCUCUGCUUUUGGUAUAGUAGGUUUUGUCAGAUUUUUAGAAGGUUAUUACAUUGUACUAAUUACAAAGAGGAGAAAAAUGGCAGAUAUUGGAGGGCACGCAAUAUAUAAAAUAGAAGAUACAAAUAUGAUCUAUAUUCCAAAUGAAUCUGUACGAGUGACUCAUCCUGAUGAAACAAGAUAUCUUCGAAUUUUUCAGAAUGUGGAUCUGUCUAGUAAUUUUUAUUUCAGCUAUAGCUAUGAUCUGUCCCACUCUCUUCAGUAUAAUCUUACUGUUCUAAGAAUGCCUCUUGAGAUACUUGGGACAGAAACAGCUCGAACCCGGCAGGAGAGUUUUGAUAUUUUUGAAGAUGAGGGACUUGCUGCUCAGGGUGGAAGUGGUGUAUUUGGCAUUUGCAGUGAACCUUACAGAAAAUAUGUGUGGAAUGGCAAACUGCUGGAUGUAGUCAAAACUGCUGUUCAUCGUGACUGGAUGUUGUAUAUCAUUCAUGGAUUUUGUGGACAGUCAAAACUGCUCAUUUAUGGUCGUCCAGUGUAUGUCACCCUGAUAGCGAGAAGAUCAAGUAAAUUUGCUGGAACACGGUUUUUAAAAAGAGGAGCAAAUUGUGAGGGAGAUGUAGCUAAUGAAGUAGAAACUGAACAAAUACUCUGUGAUGCUUCAGUGAUGUCAUUCUCAGCUGGGAGCUAUUCAUCUUAUGUCCAAGUGCGAGGUUCUGUGCCUCUGUAUUGGUCUCAGGAUAUUUCAACCAUGAUGCCUAAACCUCCGAUUACAUUGGACCAGGCAGAUCCAUUCGCACGUGUUGCUGCUCUUCAUUUUGAUCAGAUGCUCCAGAGGUUUGGCUCCCCCAUCAUAAUUCUGAAUCUUGUAAAGGAGCGUGAAAAAAGGAAGCAUGAGAGGAUACUGAGUGAAGAACUCGUUAAUGCCGUGACCUACCUCAAUCAGUUUUUACCUCCUGAACAUGCUAUUGUUUAUAUUCCUUGGGACAUGGCCAAAUACACGAAGAGCAAAUUAUGUAACGUCCUUGAUAGGCUGAAUGUGAUAGCAGAAAAUGUGGUGAAGAAAACUGGAUUCUUUGUAAAUCGCCCUGAUUCCUAUAGCAGUGUCUUACGCCCAGAUGAAAAGUGGAAUGAGUUGGGAGGAUGUGUGAUCCCCACUGGCCGCUUACAGACUGGAGUUCUUCGAACCAAUUGUGUUGACUGCUUGGAUCGCACAAACACAGCCCAAUUUAUGGUUGGGAAGUGUGCUUUGGCCUAUCAGCUUUAUUCCUUAGGGUUGAUUGACAAACCCAAUCUGCAGUUUGACACCGAUGCUGUUAGAUUAUUUGAAGAGUUAUACGAGGAUCAUGGUGAUACACUUUCUCUCCAAUAUGGUGGUUCUCAACUUGUCCAUCGAGUAAAAACCUACAGAAAGAUAGCACCUUGGACCCAGCAUUCUAAAGAUAUUAUGCAAACUCUUUCAAGAUAUUACAGCAAUGCUUUUUCAGAUGCUGACAGACAAGAUUCAAUUAAUCUGUUUCUGGGAGUAUUUCAGCCUGAAGAAGGAAAACCUCAUCUAUGGGAAUUACCAACUGAUUUUUACUUGCAUCAAAAGGACACAAUUAAUUUUAUCCAGGCAAGGCGAAGCUACACUUACUGGUGGACUCCAGGUGUAUUAAAACACUUGCCACUGCCUUUUGACGAAGUAACGUGUCCUGAAAACAGAAGGAAGCUAACAGUGAAAAAAUUUCAUAAAUAUGAUGAAGAAAUUGAUAUUCAUAAUGAAUUUUUUCGACCUUAUGAACUCAGCAGUUUUGAUGACACUUUUUGUUUGGCAAUGACAAAUUCAAUAAGAGAUUUUAUGCCCAAGAAUGUUGGCAUUGAUCCCAGCCCAUUUACUGUACGUAAACCUGAUGAAACCGGAAAGUCUGUUUUGGGGAACAAAAGUAACAGAGAAGAAACAGUGCUGCAGCGUAAAACAGCUGCUAGUGCUCCUCCACCUCCUAGUGAGGAAGCUGUUUCGAGCAGCUCUGAAGAUGAUUCUGGGACCGAUAAAGAAGAUGAAGGUGCUGCAUCACAACGAUCAACACCAGUGAAGAUGACAGAUGCAGGAGAUAAUGCCAAAAUAACAGAGAAUGUAGUGCAAUCUAUAAAAGAUGCAUAUGGAAUCAAUCUUUCAGAAUCUCCCUCAGAAGAUGAUCUCAGCAUAUACACGAGGUUUGUUCAGUUGGGGCAGAGUCGACACAAACAAGACAAGGCUCAUCAACAACUUUGUUCUAAACACUUAGAUGGGGUUAUACAUUUAACACACAUCUCAGCUUUUUCCCAAGACAACAUAUAUGAAGUCCAGCCUCCUAAAGUUGACAGGAAAUCUGUUGAAAUCUUUCAGUCUCAUAUCCAGGCUGGAAAGGGCAUCAUGCAACCCCUCGGAAAAGAAGAUGUCCUCAUGUACCGAGAAUACAUUAGGAACAGAUAUAUGUGAAAAACGUCUGUAUUCAACUGUACCAAAAAUCCUCUUGAAAGAGGUCACCAUGUGUUAGCCAGUUUUUUGCUAUGUUUGAUGGCACUAUCUAAAAACCUGCAAUGCUAAGUGGGAAAUUUCUUCUGUUGAGAAUUGUGGAAGAGGGAAAAAAACCUUCGGAAGAAAAAAAGUAGAUAUUGACCAGUUUUGUCAAUUGUUUCUGCUGUUUAAGUAGGUAUGUUGCUUUUCUCAAGAUACUGAAGUAAGGAGUAAUGUUUCUUGUGCAGUAUAGCCAGUGGGAUCUGCUGGGAAUGAGAAGUAGUUUAGAAAUACAUGUUUUGUUCUCCUUGAGCUUAUCAAAAUAUUUAUUGUGUACCCACAAAUAAUAUGUAGUUCAAUCAGUGUGUCAUAAAGGAAGUGCAGGAUAUUAAAUGUAUCUAUCGAAUAUGGUUGUAGGUCACUAUUGGAAGUAAAAAUUUUAUAUUGUGAUUUUUUUUAAAGGCAGACAAUUAUCUAAUUUUUCUGAGAAUUUCAAAACAUAGUUGGGUUUUGAUCUGAGCUGCUGUUCUGUUGGCAGAAUCCCAAAAGCCUUUACAGAAACAUUACUGUGUAUUGUAAAUUAAUUUCUAGAACUUUUCUGUUAGAAUUGAAUGUCAUUAAAUUUUUAUUUGAUAAAAUGAAUAUAUAGUUAGCUAAUGGGCAACAAAGAGAAUAUACCACACACAUUUUUAUAUAUAUAUAUAUUUGGCUUAUAUAUAUUUGGCUUAUAUAUAUUUGGCUUUUACAUAUAUAUAUAUACCACACACAUUUUUAUAUAUAUAUAUAUAUUUGGCUUGUAAUUCUGGAAUGGUAAUUCCUUCUUACCUAGAAUUGCAUGUUGCACAAAAAACAGUACAGUUAUGGGACCCAGUGAUAGUGGAAUCCAGCAUUGCUUUUUGAAGAAGAAUUCACCUUUAUUCCAUUAACUACCUUGUUCACUGACAUACAGUGGAUGUGUUGCUUCUGACAAACAUAUUUUGUUUUGACAUUCAGGUGUCAAAGCUCUUAGUCAAAUUGGUCUAAUUUCCUUCUGUGAAAACUGCCUUUCGAGGAAAUUCUACUAAAUAUAGGAGUUUAUUGUCACGAGAAUGAGUUUGUCCUUAAAAAGCAAUCACUGAAGAAAUCUUGGUACAUAGAUGAGUCAGGGACAAAACAAAGUAUGUUGGGAGCAGGAGAGCCAAUCCUACUUCCCUUAUCUGCACUGCUGGAAGUGCCCUCCUGUCUAAUAUCAAAUGGCAUCCAAGCCAGUAGACCCAUGCUCAGUGACAAGUAACCAGCCAGUCAGGUCUAUCGUUUUGUGCUUAGUGGUAGGUGGCUUUCUAAUCUAGGCUUACAGCAGUUGCCCAGAAGCAAACAUCUGGCACUGCAAGUUCUAGCCAUAUGCAGUAGUUACUUUACACACAUUCCAGAUACCACUGCAUUUAUGUCUCUUUAGACCACCAUAAAGUCUAAAUUCCUUAUUCUAAAGAUUGCAAAUCUUAGCCCAUUCCAUUAUGAAGGGGUUUUUUAAGUGUGUGUUUAACAUAACUUAAUGUGUAAAAAGCUACUGUUAUUGAUCAGACAUUCUGUCUUUGUAGAGAACAAGAAAGAAUAGAGUGCUUAUAGGUUGCACACUUGUUCCAGUGGAUGCCUAUCUAAAGUCACAGUUUCUUGGUACUACCGCAUCUAGUUGCAGUAGACUUAAGACUCAAAUUCCAUUUGUAUGGGAGUGAUUAUCAAUUAAUGGAUGGGAAAAGAAACACUUGACAGUACUGUAAUACACUAAUGACCCAUUUUUGUUGUAAAUGUCGUCUGAAACUUUAAAAAGUGAAUUACGUCAUGUUAUAUGUGGUCUCUUUCUGGUAGCCAACCUUAAUGCCUUGUUUCUGUACAUGAAAUAUAUGUAAAUAUAGAUAAUUUAAUAGAUUUGCAAGUCCAGGGGGAAAAAAUAAACUGAUGGAAAAUUAUUGUGAAAA